AAUUCAUCUUCUCUAACACGUGAAAUUUGCCCAAAUUGAUUCCUCGCCUUUCGCGACGAUUACUAGGGUGCAUUUUUAGUAAGCGAUCAUGGCUUAUAACUUCAACUUGAGGACCAAUAGUCAAUAGUGGUACACCAGAGGAUUUAUCAACCCAUUUACCGAUCUGAACGUUACCAAGUUCCGAUCUUUACCUCAUCAAACCCCAAGAUGGCACCUCGGAGGCGAGAUCGCCGGCCUUCCGCCGCCGCCGCGAACUCGGACCGCGCGGUUCGAGACCCUAGAAUCCCUGCUUCUAAUGGUCGCUCCCUCUCCUCGUACUUGAUCUUCAUCGUAUUCGUCCUCCUCGUUCUCGGUGCGUCGAUCGCGCUGUACCCUAGCUCCCACAGUUCGCCGAUCCUUUCGGUAUUCGAUAGGGAACUUGUCAAGCCCAGAGUUGAUUACAAAGAAAUCAUCCGCGAGAAUGCAAAGGUAGCGGAGAACAGGACCCAUCGGCAUUUUCCGAAUCCAGUGCUGGCUUAUGUCACUCCCUGGAAUUCAAAAGGUUAUGAUAUGGCCAAACUAUUCACGUCCAAAUUUACUCAUCUGUCACCUGUGUGGUAUGAUCUGAAAAGUGAGGGAAAGAACUUGGUUCUGGAUGGCCGGCAUAAUGCUGACAUGGACUGGAUUUCAGAACUUAGGAGGAACGCCCCCUCGAUGGUUUUACCAAGAGUUGUCUUAGAAGCUUUUCCUGCUGGGCUGCUUCAAAGCAAAAAACAGAGAAGUAAAGCAAUUGAUAUCAUUGUUACUGAAUGCAAGGAAAUGGGAUAUGAUGGCAUUGUUCUGGAAUCGUGGUCAAGGUGGGCGGGAUAUGGUGUACUACAUGACCCGGACUUGCGUGCCAUGGCCCUACAGUUCAUUAAAGAAUUGGGGAAAGCUUUGCGUUCAGAGGAGUCGGUUAGAAAUGCAAAUCAUUAUCUGGAGCUGAUUUUUGUCAUCCCUCCACCACGUUCUCCGAAUCUUGCAGAUUAUGAUUUUGGACCACGAGAUCUCCAGCAGCUGAGUGAUUAUGUGGAUGGCUUCUCUUUAAUGACCUAUGAUUUCUCAGGGCCUCAGAAUCCCGGUCCAAAUGCUCCCCUGGCAUGGAUUCGGUCUUCCCUUCAAUUGCUUCUCGGUGGUGAUACUGACGGGGGAGCUCAUGCUCAUGCUCACAAAAUUUUUGUUGGCAUCAACUUCUACGGAAAUGACUUUGUCCUUUCAGAAGGCUCUGGAGGUGGUGCUAUCACUGGUAGAGAUUAUACAUCGUUGCUCGAGACUCACAGACCGUAUCUGAGAUGGGAAGAGAAAAGUGCGGAGCACUUCUUCAUCUAUUCAAGUAAAAACGUGAACCAUGCUGUGUUUUAUCCCUCACUGAUGUCGAUAUCUAUGAGAUUGGAUGAAGCUAAGGCGUGGGGAGCUGGCCUUUCGAUAUGGGAAAUUGGACAGGGUCUAGAUUAUUUCUUUGAUCUUCUGUGAAGUUUCAAAAUAUUUUUGUCUCCUUGGCAACAAGAACUGUAACUUUAGAAUUUAAGCUGAGAAAUUUCAUACUCGCGAUGUAGGCUUCUAUUAUGUUCAGUAUCUAUAACUUGGAAUCAUGGGAGUGAGUUUAAGACCUUGUAAUACAGGUUAGACAAUAUAACCUUUUUGUUGAUCGUAAACAUCA